AUGAGCACUUCGAGGAGAGACGCGGCGCUCGCCGAGUUGCGAGCGCGCACGGCAGGCUUCGCUGGCCUGCCGCUCGCCUCUGCGUCCGACGUGAUCAGCAUGCAGCAGGGCGGCCGCGACGUGAUCCUCAUCGACGUGCGGUCGCCGCCGGAGCGCGCGGUGAGCACUCUGCCAGGCGCACUGGACCAGCACUCCUUUGCCGCCCUGGCGAGGGAGGAGCCGGAGCGUGUCGCCGCCGCCGUGCUAGUUCC